AAAAAAAAGGAGAAGAAGAAAUCAGGGAGCGUUUAUGUUUAGAGUGUGUACAGAGAAGCCUGUUUGCUUUACUGUCAUGCACUUUGGCAUGAUCCAUCGAAUUUCCAAAAGUCUAAUCAAAAGUUCGUAAGCUGAACUCGCCGGGUCAACUCGCUCUCUCUCAAAUCCCAUCGGCAUAUGUUUUCUUUUCCAUAUCCCUGUGCUUCCUCUCAUUCUCUCACGCACAGAGUCCAGCCCUUUUAAUAUUUUACUUAUCGUUUGGCAGCUUUUUGCUAAAAGUUUCUGUGUUGCUUGUUACUUUUUAGUUCGGUUCGAUUUGGUGAAGUUCGGUGAAGAAAAUGAGGAUUUCUUCUCAACUGAAAAAUCCGGGUUGAUUUUGGCGCUAUACGCGAUGAAUCCGAUAGGGAUUGAGAAAAGCACUCGUAGCGAAGAUUGAGUGUUAUCUGUAAGUAUAAAAUUUGCUGCUUAUUGAGUCAUAAAUUGAGUGAGAUAGCGGGUUCAAAUUGCUUAAAGUUGGGAUUUCAAGGGCUAGGGUUUUGAUUUUAGAUUUAAAUGGCAUCGUCGAUGGGUAAUGCUAAUAAAAGUUGUAUUGACAACUUGAUAGCUGCGAGGAAGUCGUUGAAGUUAAAUUUAGAGAAAUCAAGAGCCAUAGGAUUAGCUCUUGAAAAAAUAGGGCCGAGAAUAGAUGAGAUUAACCAGAGGUUGCCAUCUCUUGAAGCUGCAGUCCGGCCCAUCCGCGCUGACAGGGAUGCCCUUCUUGCCGUUGGAGGUCACAUUAAUCGUGCUGUAGCCCCUGCCGCAGCAGUGCUCAAGGUUUUUGAUGCCGUUCAUGGGCUUGAAAAGUCACUAUUGUCAGAUCCCAGGAACGAUCUCCCUGGUUAUUUAUCGGUGCAAAAACGCCUGGAAGAGGCAUUGAGGUUCUUGGGGGAUAAUUGUGGACUGGCAAUUCAGUGGUUGGAGGACAUAGUAGAGUACCUGGAGGACAAUAGGGUUGCUGAUGAAAGGUACCUUUCAAACCUGAAGAAGUCAUUAAAGGGUCUUAGAGAUUUGCAAAUCGAUAGGGAAAAAGUACAUCUUGAUGGUGGGCUAUUGGAUGCUGCCCUGGAGAAAUUGGAGACUGAGUUCAGGCGACUGCUAACAGAUCAUAGUGUCCCACUCCCAAUGUCAUCUUCAUCAGCACUAGGUGAACAAGCUUGCAUUGCCCCGUCCCCUUUGCCUGUGACUGUUGUUCAGAAAGUACAGGCAAUUCUUGGUAGGUUGAUUGCCAAUAAUAAGCUUGACAAGUGCAUCUCCAUCUAUGUUGAAGUCCGAAGUGCAAAUGUUAGAGCCAGUUUACAAUCUCUUAAUUUGGACUAUCUGGAGAUCUCCAUCUCAGAAUUCAAUGACAUACAGAGUAUAGAGGGCUACAUAGCACAGUGGGGAAAACAUUUGGAGUUUGCAGUGAAGCAUUUAUUUGAGGCAGAGUACACACUUUGUAAUGAUGUUUUUGAGAGAAUUGGAUUGGAUGUGUGGAAGGGUUGCUUUGCCAAGAUAGCUGCACAGGCAGGAAUUCUUGCAUUUCUUCAAUUUGGGAAGACUGUUACAGAGAGUAAGAAAGAUCCUAUCAAACUUCUGAAAUUAUUGGAUAUUUUUGCUUCUUUGAACAAACUGAGAUUGGAUUUUAACCGGUUGUUUGGUGGAGUGGCUUGUGUUGAGAUCCAAAACCUGACGAGGGAUCUCAUCAAAAGGGUUAUUGAUGGGGCAUCAGAAAUAUUCUGGGAACUUCUGGUCCAGGUUGAGCUACAGAGGCAGAGUCCGCCUCCUCCUGAUGGGGGUGUUCCUAGAUUGGUUAGCUUUGUUACAGAGUAUUGCAAUAAGUUGCUUGGUGAUAAUUAUAAGCCUAUCUUGACCCAGGUUCUAGUCAUUCAUCGAAGUUGGAAGCAUGAGAAAUUCCAGGAGAGGCUCCUUGUCACGGAAGUUAUUAACAUAAUUAAAGCCAUUGAGCAGAAUUUAGAGACAUGGAUGAAAUCCUAUGAAGACACAAGUCUUUCGAAUCUUUUUGCUAUGAACAACCACUGGCAUUUGUACAAGCACUUGAAGGGAACGAAGCUGGGGGAUCUCUUAGGAGAUUCAUGGUUAAGAGAGCAUGAGCAGUACAAAGAGUAUUAUGCAACAGUCUUCUUGAGAGACAGUUGGGGGAAGCUUCCAGCACAUUUAAGCCGAGAAGGUCUUAUUCUGUUCUCAGGUGGGCGUGCUACUGCUCGUGACCUUGUCAAGAAAAGAUUGAGAUCAUUCAAUGAGGCUUUUGAUGAGAUGUAUAAGAAGCAGUCUAAUUGGAUUGUGCCAGAGCGAGAUCUAAGAGAGAAAACAUGCCAGCAUAUCAUGCAGGCUGUUUUGCCUGUUUAUCGUAGCUAUAUGCAGAAUUAUGGGCCGUUGGUUGAGCAGGACCCAAGUUCGAGCAAGUACGCAAAGUAUACGGUGCAAACUUUGGAAAAAAUGCUUAGUUCUCUGUUUCAGCAAAAUCCCGGAAGGUAUGGGAGUUUCAAAGGUAGGCAGACUAGUGGGAAAUUUGAGGUGGUAGAUCUUCGCCGUACUGCUUCUGCUAUGGUGUAAUAUCCUAUAGUUGUUACUCAUGGUUAACCUAAAAGCAAAUAAGAACUCAUCAUAGCCUGGCUGGUGUUUGUAUGGUUAGCCUUAAUGUGUACAUACGGAUAUCUGAAGGGGUCUAAACUACUCCAUGUUAUGUAUCUUUUGAUGCAAUCCACACAAGUUGUUUUUAAUGCUCCCAAUGCUUCCAAUGCCUGCCCGAGGUUUCUCAAUGACAUAACAUUCUUAAGAAGUUCGGAAAGCUUUCAGAUGGAUUGGAGCUCUGAAGAGUGCCUGAUAUAACAUGGAACAAGCAUAUGGACCCACCAGAUCGGGUUCGUAUAUAAUACUUUCAGGUAUAGCUCAUCUUCCCCCCCUCCCCAUGGAUUCCAUUUUCUCUCAUUGAUUUAAGUCAUUAGCUAGACUGGAGUAGAAAGCCUUGUAAUUCGCCACAUUUCAUGUACAAUUCUUUGGCAUCCAAAGGUCUAGCAGUGAUUAGAGCUAUCAUUUGUCAGUUUUGUCAAGGAAUUUGGGAUGGUCGAUGACCUUAAUGAGAUGCUUGUUGUUUCAUGGCUGUCGUUAUAAUUUAGAGGUUCCAGGGUUAUUUACAGGCAUGAUGGUUUAAUCAAAUACCAUCUACAAAUAAAUGUUUGCUUACUUCUGUAGGUCAUGUAUUUCAAUAUAAGAGUCAUCAGUUAAA